GCAGCAUUCCCCACCUCUCUUUCUGUCUCCUUUGCUCACGUUGUGCCUUGUGGACUGGACGAAACUCUAGAGGCUGUGUGUGGCCGCAGGAAUUCCAGGUCACAAGGAUUCCACCAGCAGGGAUCAUCUCCCCUGUGAACUACCUGUGAACUACCUGUGACUCCUAGAUUCCUUCAUUUCCUAUGUGGCACUGGUUGUAAGAGGAACCAAACACUGCAAAGAGUACAUUGUCUUUUUCAUUUUUCAGAAGAUUAGUGGAGAACACAGUCUGAGGUCACUGCUUCUACACUGCUGAUUUUUGGGGCAUCAUGGGGUUGUUGUCAGUGGAGCAGAAUGUCUUGUUGUUUGUCACCAUUCUGUUUGCGAAAUAUCGCUAUACUGAAGGGGGAUGUUCAGGAAGGUGCUGCCAUGGGACAGAUCUCACUUGUUUUACCACAGACUGGAGGAUGGACCAUGUCUAUGGGAUGUGUUAUUGUGAUGAGAUGUGUGUAAAGACUAAAGACUGUUGCUUUGACUACCCAAUAGAGUGCCCAGCCCAGCCAUGUGUAGUGAGCGAGUGGAGUCACUGGAGUGGGUGUGCCCAGCUCUGCCAGCCUUCAUUCCGCGUCCGGAGACGGAGCAUUGAGAGAGGCCCCAGAAACAGCAUUCAGGUCUGUCCGAGGCUGGAGGAACAGGCAGGCUGCAUGGAGUAUCAGAACCACCACAGGCAGUUUUGUGCUCAGACACAAGGAGCAGCAUUUAUAACCACAAUGGAGUACAGCAAAGGCAGAGUACAUGAUUUGUAUGGGGCCCUGCUGGAUGCUGGAUUCUGUAUGGAGUUCAAGAUGGAGUCUCUGACACCACAGUGCAUGGUGGAGAAUCGGCCCUAUACUCGCUGGAUGCAGUACUUGCGGGAAGGCUAUACAGUCUGCGUGGCCUGUCAAUCUCCUGCCAUGAGUAAUCACAGCCGGAGUUGCCAAGGAGACGGUAACCUAGCUGAGAGGGAUGAACUUCUACACUGGCAGGCGGUGGGAAGUCCUCACUGCAGAGGAACAUGGAGGAAAGUACAAAGACUGGAGCACUGCUCCUGCCCACAAGUGCACAGCUUCAUUUUCAUUUAAUCACACCUAAGGUGACUUUUAGUACUGAACC